AUGGCAGGGAUUCCUUUACAUAAAAGUUACAAUUCAGCGGUUGUAGAAGCAGGGGGGUAUGAGAAUAUGACUUGCAUUGAGAAGGAUUGUCGAAAUUAUGUGGAACAGGUAAGGCGGUUAAAACUGGGCGAAGGAGAUGCUGCAGCAAUUCAGUUAUACUUUUCGAAAAUGCAGUCAAUGUGCUCUGGUUUUUUCUUUAGUAUGGAUUUAGACGAGGAGUCACGGUUGAGGAAUAUUUUCUGGGCAGAUAAUAGGAGUAGGUUGGCAUAUAAGGAGUUUGGGGAUGUUGUAACAUUCGAUACUACAUACCUAAUGAACAAGUAUGACAUGCCAUUUGCGCCUUUUGUUGGAGUUAAUCAUCAUGGGCAAUCAACACUCCUUGGUUGUAGUUUGUUGUUAAACGAAAAUACAGAAACAUUUGUGUGGCUUUUCAAGACUUGGCUUCAGUGCAUGCAUGGACAAGCACCCCUCGGUAUUAUUACCGAUCAAGACAGGGCCAUGCAGAAUGCAAUUCAAAUUGUGCUCCCGAACACAAAACAUAGAUGGUGUUUGUGGCACAUAUUGAAAAAGUUGCCAGAGAAAUUUGGACACCACAGCGACAAGGGUGAAAUAUUUUCUGCCAUACAUGUACUGGUGUAUGAUACUGAAACCAUUGACGAAUUUGAAGAGGGUUGUAGUGCGAUGAUAGAGAAGUAUAAUUUGCAUGACAAUGACUGGUUGUCAGGAUUGUAUUCGAACAGGGGCCGUUGGCGAGCUUUGAGGAAUAAGGUAGAGAAGGAGUUCCAGGCAGAUUUCAAAUCUUACUCACAAAUGGCUCCAUGUGCAACGAAAUAUGAGCUAGAGAAGCAAUUUCAAGUAGUUUAUACCAUCUCAAAAUUUAGGGAAGUUCAGGAUGAGUUCAUUGGGAAGGUCUACUGCGAUCUCAUAUCUUCGUCAGAGUGCUUCUCAGGGACGAGGCAUGCGAUCGCUGUACUCAUCCGUAAUAACAUCACUUCACUGCCCAACUCCUACAUAUUACAGAGAUGGAGAAGAGAUAUAGAUUGCAAAGAACGAACAGUGGGUUUGACGAGGUCGACUGGUGGAAGUAAUAGCUUAGCACAGCAGGCUUCUCAGACAACGUUACAUGAUGGAGAUGGAGCAUCACAUCACUCUGUCAUAGGAAGUGUACAGGACCCAAAAUGCUCGAACAGAAAAGGUGCACCAAAGAAACUCCGCAGGAAAAGCUGUUUGGAAUCAAAUUCUAAUAACGCAAAGGGUGCUGCCGAAAGUCCUGCAUUUACGCAACAACAAAUGUCUCCCAAUUUCAUCCCAUUGGAUCCAACAAAUGCCAUGUUGUAUGGUUCAGGUAACGAUAUGAAGACGACUCGGUGCAAUCUUCAUCCUCCUUCCUUCUCAAUUUUGUUACUUGUAAGAGUGGAGAUGCAUGUAAUACAAAAUAAAAGCAAGGACAAUGAUUGA